AUGGCUGACAAGGCAUUCCCCUCGAACAUCGCAGACAUCGUUUAUGUGCUUAUGCCAAAUACUCCAUGCACAAUAUUUUAUCUACAUAAAAAACAACUACUACAAUGGUAAAAUGUGAGGGGAAAAGGAUUAAAGUGAAAGUUUGAGGUCGCCAUGGCUAAGUACGAGAAAAAGCCGGAGCCUGGAGACCUUAUUUAAAUCUUCCGAGGCUCAUAUCAGCACUGGGCUAUGUAUGUUGGUGAAGGUUAUGUGAUUCACCUGGCCCCUCCCUCUGAACAUGCUCAAGCUGGGGCCUACAGUAUGAUGUCAGUACUACAUGAUAAAGCCACAGUGAAGAAAGAAGAACUUUAUGAAGUAGUUGGCAAUAAUGAUUAUCGUAUCAACAACCUUCUAGAUGAGGAAUAUGAGCCACAUCCUGUUCGAGAGAUUCUACAGGAUGCACAUAGAUUUUUGGGAAAAGAACUUCCAUAUAGUGUGCUUACAGGGAACUGUGAGCACUUUGUUACAGAGCUGAGAUACGGAAAACCACAGUCUCGACAGGUACGAGACGCAGUAAAGACUUUGGCUGCAACUGCUGGUGCAGGGAUUGGCUUUGGAUUCGUUGUUUAUGCUAUUUCAAAAUUUUUUGGUUCAAAAGACAAAGAGAAGCAGACACAAUGAACAGUGAAAAAUAAAGAACUAAAAGUACUGGAUUAUUUAAAGCCAGUAAAUUGUUUGGUGCUCUUUAUUAACUUUAAAUCAUUAAAACAAACCAUUUCAUUUAAAUGUAAAAAUUGUCAGCCUUAUAGUUUUAUGAGUACAAAUGGAGAGAUUAUAGAAUGUAAAAUCUAUUGUGGUGUAAGGUAACUCAACAAUAAAGCAAUGAGUAUUUAUAACUCUGUAUUAUAAGCAAAAUAUAGAAAGCUGAAUAUAGUGGCAUCAUGAACCAGCACUGGAAGGACGCAUCCUAAGGCUGCAUAUCUAGACUGUCAUCAAGCUCCUUCGAAGAACAUCUUAAUUUGAAGGAUCUAUAGUAGUGUGUUUUGCAUCAGGUGUAUCCUUCACGUAUUUCAAUCCCCCUAAUCUGAAGCUGAAAAUGGCUAUUGCUCUGUCCAAUUACCCACACUUGUGGUCUUGGCCACUUGAGAGCGCGUGCACGUGGCAGGAAGUAAGUGUGCAAGACUGUCCCAGGUCUUAAACACACCAAAGUGCAGUGUCCUUAACGCACACUAAUUCCAGAGGGGUAUUCGAGGCUUAGUGUAUCCCCUCAUGCAUCAUGUUCUGGAAAUAAAUUGUGAGAGGUCAUGGAAACCUUUCCAAUGUAAGUUAAAUAUUAAUAAUAAUUUGAUAUAUAAUUUGGUAGUAAAACAAAGUGUUUUUUAUUUUGUACAACAUUUGCAAUGGCUUUUUAUCACUCAGAAGCACCACAAAUUAAAUUGUGUCAUCUCAUCUGUAAUAGGGACUACUGAACAGACAUUUAGAAGUUUAUUUCACAAUGGAAAGUAUUGAAAAUAAAAUAAAGCUCUGUAAACUCUUGCAUUUUUACAACAUUAUAAGUGUGUCCCAGCAACAGGUAAUAAAAAGUUCUACAUGUGGUCUUCAUGCUCACUUGAACAAAAUACAGGAAAUACGUUGUAAAAGUUGUAAAGAGGUCAAGUGUGGGUAUUUUGGACAGGGCAUAUGGUUAAAGAUAAAAAUAUGAGGAAUUUUAUGUUGCUUCAGUCCAGGUGUCCAGUGGACUUGAAAAAAUGCCCACCCCACUGGCCCCCUAUUGACCAAGCCCAUGUUGACUGUUCACACUUAACAUAGGAUGAUACUUUAACCCAAAGUCUACAGGCUUGUAAUUAUCGCAGACUUGAUCAUUUUAUAGAUAAACACAAAUUAUUGAGUGAUCAUCAGUAUGGUUUUAGAACAAACAGGUCAACCUCAAUGGCUGUGAUGGAACUGGUAGAAGAGCUUUCUUCUUCAAUGGAUAAUAAUGAAUAUACUGUGGGGGUGUUCCUAGAUUUAAAAAAAGCUUUUGACACUAUUGAUUAUGGAUUAUUAAUGAUGAAACUGGAGAGACAUGGUAUAAGAGGAAAAGCUUUCGCUUGGAUAAAAAGUUACCUCGAUGAUAUCAAUUUGUACAAAUACAUAAUGUUAAAUCAGAUUUUAUGAAAGUUACUUGUGGUGUUCCGCAAGUUGUUUGUACUGUAUAUAAAUUAUAUUUGUAAAGUGUCUAAAGUAUUAAAAAUGGUUUUGUUCACUGAUGAUACAAAUUUAUAUUGUUCCGGAAAAAAUUUGGAACAGCUUCUGAAUACAGUGGAAAUCAAACUGAUGGUUUUCAAAAAAUGAUUUGAUGAUAACAGACUUUCACUGAAUUUAAGUAAAACAAAGUUUAUAAUAUUUAGUAAUCGACAAAGUAACAAUAAAGUGAAAUUAAUGAUUAAUAAUGAGGAAAUAGAAAGAGUGUACGCAAAAUAAAUUUUGGGGUGUUAUAACUGAUCAUAAAUUAUGUUGUAAAUCACAUAUAAAUCAUGUAAAAACAAAGAUGUCCAAAUCCAUUGCAAUAUUAAAAAGAAUAAAACAUAUUUUGAAUGAAACAACUUUACAUAUUUUGUAUUGUGCGCUCAUACACUGAACAAAAUUAUAAACGCAACACUUUUAUUUUUGCCCCCAUUUUUCAUGAGCUGAACUCAAAGAUCUAAGACUUUUUCUAUGUACACAAAAGGCCUAUUUCUCUGAAAUAUUGCUCACAAAUCUGUCUAAAUCUGUGUUAGUGAGCACUUCUCCUUUGCUGAGAUACUCCAUCCACCUCACAGGUGUGGCAUAUAAAGAUGCUGAUUAGACAGCAUGAUUAUUGCACAGGUGUGCCUUAGGCUGGCCACAAUAAAAGGCCACUCUAAAAUGUGCAGUUUUAUCACACAGCACAAAGCCACAGAUAUCGCAAGUUUUGAGGGAGCGUGCAAUUGGCACAAAAGUAAGGGCAAGAAUUAAUGUAAAAAGUAGGUGUUUGUCUGUCAAAGGGGUAAAUUUAUGGAAUAAAUGUGAUAAGGAUUUAAAAGUACGGUAUGUAAUUCACUUUGCAAAUUUAAGAAAAUGUAUAAAGAUAAGGUGAUAAAUAAUUAUAUAACUCUAUUUUUGUUAUGUUUGUUUUGAAUUAUGUAUGAACAUUUUGGGAAAUGUUUUUGUAAUAUUGUUUAUUUUGUAUUAUUUAACUUAGUGAAAAGUGUCGCCCAUUCAGUUAACUAUGUAUAAAGGGUAGGCAUAAUAAGCAAGGCUUCGGCCUACACCUUUUUCGGUAACUAUGUAUUUUUCUUUAUUUUGUGAAAAGUUGUUUGU